GAUGAAUAAUAGUUCAUCAUAAGAAAUACCUAAUUUCUUGCAACUAUUUAAGACUUGCGCUUCGUUUAAUUCCUUUGAUUGUGAUUCAAAUCAUUCUACAAAGAGAUUUGGAGAUGAAUUAUUUUUAUAAAGGCCUACACGAAGCCAAUAAUUAUCAAACCCAAACAAGAAAAUAGUAAUAGGAGAUGAUUCUUGGUUGAGAAGAGGUGUUUCAAUUUCGAGUGAAACUAAUAGUCCUGAAAGAUAAUUUGAAAGAUAAGAUUUUUUUAGUUCAUUCAGAGUUCCAAUUAAUUUCUGUGAUGAGCAUGAGGGAUCAAAUAGAUUAUAACACUUUGAAAAAGAUGCUGUUAAUUAUAUCACUCCUGAAACUUUAGUAUAUAAUGAGAAAUUAAUAAUUUAGUAUAAAAAUGCUAAUGAUAUAACAUUGUUUGAUUGUCGUUAUAAAUUUGAGUUUGAGGGUGGUCAUAUAUAAGGUGCAACUCAUCUUUGUAAUCCUUUCGAGAUAGAGUCUAUAUUUUUUAAAUAAAUUCCUACUAUAAAACCAGUUAUUGUACUAUACUGUGAAUUCUCAGAGAAGAGAAGUGUUUAAAUGUAAUUAAUCAAAAUAAUUGUAUUAGUUAUAAACAAAUAAGAAAUACUGAUCGACACCUUAAUGUCUAUCCAAAAUUAUAUUAUCUUGAUUUGUAUAUAUUGAAUAAAGGAUUUUCAAAUUACAGUCUACAAUAUCCAUCACAAAUUGAAGGUAAGUACAUCAGAAUGGAUUCGAAAGAAUACUCUACUUAAUAUAAAGAAUAAAAAUAUUAGACUGACAAUUAAUGGAAUUCAUUAAAAUUGAAAAAAAGACUAUAAAAAAUAAAUAUAUGA